CAAACUCGGAAUAAGAGAUGGCGCCUUUGUAGUUCCGUUUCCCGUAGGGAGGAUCGAGGUGUGCGCAUUGUAUGUUUCUCGAGUUCGUAAAGGAUAUAAACCCCGAAAAUGAACGUAAUCACGGCCAUUAGGUUGUAUAUUAACAAAAUGAUCGAAGAAUGUGGCAUAGGGAUGAAAGUACUGCUUAUGGAUAAGGAAACUAUUAGCAUAGUGAGCUUGGCAUUCGCACAGUCCGAGAUCUUACAGAAAGAAGUAUACCUGUUUGAAAAAAUCGAAACAGCCAAUAAAGACAGGGACAGUCUAAAACAUUUGAAGUGCAUUGCAUUUUUACGUCCCACCAGGGAGAACGUGGAGUUGCUGUCACAAGAACUCAAGGCUCCUCGUUACGGACAGUAUUUUAUAUAUUUUAGUAAUGUUAUAAGUAAAAGUGAUAUUAAACUCUUGGCUGAAGCUGAUGAAUAUGAAGCUGUUAGAGAAGUAGAAGAGUUUUAUGGCGACUUUGUUCCUGUUAAUUCCCACUUGUUUUCAUUGAAUAUCGUGGGAUGCUAUCAGAGACAUGGUUGGAAUCAAGUUCAUUUGCAGAGAAUGGUUCAGGGUUUGACAUCAGUCUUGCUUUCACUAAAAAAAUGCCCACUCAUAAGGUAUCAGGCCUCCUCAGAAACAGCGAAGAGGUUAGCGGAUAACGUCAGACAAGUGAUAUCUAAAGAGGCAGCGCUGUUUGAGUUUUGAAGGAUGGACGUCUUGCCGGUUUUAUUAAUCUUGGAUAGAAAAGGUGAUCCUAUCACGCCACUUCUCAAUCAAUGGACUUAUCAAGCAAUGGUACACGAAUUGUUAGGAAUUAAUAAUAAUCGUGUGAAUUUAUCCAAAGUUCCGGGCAUCAGUAAAGAACUACAAGAAGUACUUCUGUCACCCGAGUAUGAUGAAUUUUACGCCAAAAAUAUGUAUCAGAAUUUUGGUGAAAUAGGAGUUAAUAUCAAGGAAUUAAUGGAAGAAUACCAGAAGAAAACUAAAAAUCAACAGAAAGUCGAAUCGAUUGCCGAUAUGAAGGCUUUUGUGGAAAAUUAUCCUCAAUUUAAAAAGAUGUCCGGAACUGUAUCCAAGCACGUGACUCUAGUCGGAGAAUUGUCUCGUCUCGUGUCUACUCGUAAUCUCUUUGAAGUGUCUGAAGUCGAACAGGAAUUAGCUUUCCAACACGAUCACAACGAAUCGUUAAAGAAAAUUCGAAGAUUAAUUAACAACGAUAAGAUAUCCGACAUCGACGCCAUCAGAUUAGUAAUGCUGUACGUUUUGACUUACGAAAAACACAGUAAUAACGAUAAGUCGGGAUUAAUAGAAGCAUUGAAAAAGAGAGGCGUUCCUGAAAAAUUGAUUAAGAGGAUCAAUUUAAUAUUAGAAUUCAGCAGUAGCAAGUAUCGUACUAAUGAAUUAUUUACGACGGAAAAUGUUCGAGCAAUCACUAGAAAAGUUAUUAAAGGUUUAAAGGGAGUAGAAAAUAUUUAUACGCAACACACUCCUCUAUUGAAAGAAAUAUUAGAAGAUGUUAUUAGAGGUCGAUUAAAAGAACCUGCUUUUCCGUAUCUUGGAACAGUUCAGCUGCGUGAAAGGCCACAAGAUAUUAUUGUAUUUAUGAUAGGAGGCACGACUUAUGAGGAAUCAUUAACGGUGCAUCAAUUAAACAACACAAAUCCCGGAAUUCGAAUUAUAUUGGGAGGAACUACAAUUCAUAACUUUAACAGUUUUCUAGAAGAGAUCAAAUCCAUUUUGGAUUCAGGAAUUGGCCAGAAGAAUCCUCGAUGGUGAUUUAACGACCAAACUUUGUUAAUUUUAUUCCAGCGAGUACUCUCGAUCUGUCAUUCGGUUGCUAUAUUUAUGGUAAAUUAACUUAAUGUCGUACUGUAUACAUUGUUAUCUUUUGUUAACCAUUCAAACUAAAUCAUCUAUGGGCAAAGCAUUAUAAGUACGGAAAAAUUAAUCCAGAGUGCUUAGUUUCGAGUUACGUAUGCAGCAAUAUCAAGAUUUUGGUAGCGUAACUAUUCAUUGAACUGUUUGUGUUACAAUGCAUGUAAUUGGAGACUAAAUAUUCAAAUAUUAUU